AUGCCAUCUCGCUAUCGCACAUUACUCGGCAAGGCGUCGAAACCUUGGCACCGAGCGCGAAAUGAGCCUAUGAGAUCGACUCCGCGGGACACGCCGCGCGCGCAGGCAUUGGCCACGCCGGAACCCCUACAGCCAGCUCCGACGAGCGACACAACUUUAUCCGCUACGUCAUCGACUGUGAACGAAGAGCUGGAGGACAUUUGGGACGACGCUGUCUGCGAGUUCAGGGAGAUCACCGGCAUUGAUCUCACUGACCAGGAAACCGAUCUAUACCUGCGCAUUCAGGAUUGCCACAGUCAUCGCUCUGUGGUGGCUGCUAUCGAUAGAGUCGCGCAAGAUCUCAAGGCACACCAUCAUCAAAGUGACCAUGUCGGAACGAAGAUUCGCGCAUCACUCCGCCCCAUUGUGCGCGCUAUGCUCCGUGCCGGUGUAUUCGAUAUAGGCGGAGAAGCUGCAGCCAGUUUGUCAAUUCCUGGAGGGAAAGCGAUCUUUGUGGCUAUCGGGGUGUUGCUGAAGGCAACCGAAGGUGUCCCCGCCCGCGUCGACGCUGUGUCCGCUCUAUUGAGGAAGUACAAGCAAUAUGUCUCGCGUCUAGAUGUACGCAUGGCAGGCUCUCCUCUCAAUCACGCCUCUCGUGCGCUGGCGGUCGCAAUAUUUGCUGAUAUGUUGCGCACCUUUGCCGUAGCUACCAAGUUGAUGCGGCAGAAUCGUCUAGUUCAAUUCCUCGCUAUCCUCGCGGGUAAAGGCGAUGACGUCGCGGAUCUAUCCAAGAGCACGGAAGAGCUCCUACAGGAAGAGACGCGCUUGACCUUAUCUGAGGUGCAUAGUGCUAUCAGCCUCCUCUCCAAGAGGUUCUGUGAUGAACUGGAUAGGUCGGAUAAGGCAAUGAGGGCCGUAUCAUCCAAGGUUGACACAUUGUCUGCGGGAAUCGGCACAAUAUCUUCUGCUGUGGCACACGUGUCUUCCGGCGUCAGUCUUGUUCAUACUGGUUUAGCCGAGGUGACCUCGUGCCUUACAACAUCGGGCAUUCUGGCUGUGCCGUCAAGGUUCGAUGGCCAUAUUGAGGAGACAAAGGCUAAGAUAGAUGGUCUACACCAAACUGUCGCAGCUUAUUCGAACAAGAUUCUUGCCCAGGUAUCCGAGCAGACCCGAGGUCGGUAUCGUUUAGAUCACAAUUCGUUCUACCCCUUGACGUUGACCGUUAACGGUCUCGGCAGAGCGGCUUUCGCAACACGUCCCGUACCAUUGGACAUGACAUCAACGAUCCCGGCUACCUCCGUCACCGCGUUUUCCGCAAGAGUGUCCCUGAUGUAUCAUGAUAUAGUGUCUUUCACUCGGCUGGCUGGCGACCUGAUCUCCUCAUACAACGAACUCCCUUUCGAAGAUCAAGUUCUAUUGCAGCGAGUCAUCGCGCACCUAUACGUGACCUCAGCGACAAGGGUAGUGGGCGGGAGCACCGACAACACGUUCGAAGUCGUCAUCCUCAGUCUUAUACAAUUGGACGCCGUCGUGCUCGCCUUUCUCCCUCUGGCCGCCAUAUACCUUGCCGUCUUUGUAUACUGGAAGAUCUUUGUCUCUGGAGUCCUGCGGAGGAUACCUGCGACAAUUGGUCAAGAGACUUUCGUCGUUGUUGAUGUCUUAGGGGUGCCGCUUGAAGUGCCGCUGGACAUGUGCCGCUCUUGGCAGGAUCUCCAUUCUUUCCUCGUACGCAGGUUCUCAGGACAGACCGGGGUGAUCAGCACCAUCAAUGGUUAUGUUCGCUCUCACGAGUACAGGAUCAUGAGUGCCGAUGAGGGCUCGGCCAUCAUCGAACCGCACCUCUGGGAGGAAACGGUCCGAGCUGGCAUGGUUGUUGAGAUGAGCAUCGUCAUGCGUCAGCUGUCGGUUUUGCUUCAAUGUCCUCGCUGCCAUACCGAGGUGUUACGGCCACCGUAUGACGCAUGGGUACAGUGCGCUUUGUGUGGAGGUUCGUACCGGCCGUCAAAGGACGACGCGCACGAAGACCUGCAGAAUCGUCCAACCUCCGACGUUUUCCUUCGCCGCGAUCAGCCACUGUCUCAACAUACUCUUCAAGCUCUCCCACGCACGGAGACCAGCACCCGCGGGUCAGGCCAAGUAGUUCAGUGGGGACGUGACUCGUGCUCGGCGCGGAAUACAACGAGAGCAUCGAACCACAGGGUGGCCUCGACCGAUGAAGAUCUCCACAAUCUCGACCUGGUCAAACGAAUUCUUGUCUUUCAUUCCAUCGAAAGACGUCUCACGCCUUCGGCGAGAACUCAACUAUACAUAGUAUUCCAUAGAUCACCCGGACGCAGAACGUUCGCGUGGUCACUCGUUCCACAUCUUGAAGGCGUACCGUUCCCCGGACUCAGCCCUAUCAACCACUACGAGAUCAUGCAAGAGCGAAGAGGGAUGAACGCCGAGCUCAGAUGGAUCACUGUCGUACGGCCCCGCGCUUUCCACACCUCAUCUGGCUUCUUGGGUGUGCUCGCCCUUCCCCCGUGUAGGUGGUCGACGAGUAUCGGGGAAGUAACCGACGUAUUGAUGAGGCAUCACGAGCCCGAGCCAUGCUAUCUUUCGGCCGAGGAGCGAAGAAGGUGGACAUGUCCGAAGUGGAUCUGCGACCUCCUUGUGGAGUGGGGCCCAGGAUGGGGAAUGAGGGCCGUGGCUAAUCGCGCGGCCUUGUUCUUUUAUAUCAGUGCACAAAGUGUCCGGCUGGAGAAUGCUAAGUUUCACGAGCGCGUGCACACCGACGAUGGAUACGCGUACCCAUGCGUGCAAUACCUGUAG